AUGACAUCAUCGUCAGCAACGUUACUUAAAGAACGAGAUGCAUUUCGUAAACGACGAGCUGAUGCAGCAAGUUUUCUUGCCUCGAAUGAGAAACGUCAAAAUAUUGAUAAAACAUCAUCACAAAAACUAAGUCGAUCAAAAACUUCUUCAAGUUUUAGAACUCUUAAUAACUCGUCAAGUAUGUCUUCUGGAGAAGACUUUUCAAUACUAAGAAUUAUUGUCGAAGGAUUACAUGAACGUUUUCUUAGUGGACAAAUUGAUCCAUUAACAUUAGAUGAAAUUAUAAAAGACUUUGGUCUGACAAUUAAUUCAUCUGUUAGACAUUGGCUAGCUUCUCAAGUACUUUUAUCGAAUGAAAAGAUUGAUGUUAAAACAACAGAUAAUAUUCAUAGAUUUGUAUAUAAACCAUCGCUUGAUUUAAAAGGUCCAAAAAAAUCUUCCCUUCUCAAACUUUUAAAAUCACGAUAUGAAAACGGUGAAAAUGCUGUAACUGUUGAGGAUGUACGAGAUUCAAUACAACAACCAAAAGCUGACAAACUUAUUCGUAGUUUGGUAGAAAGUGGUGAUGUUGUUAAAGUAGAAAGUAGUAAAAGAGAAGUUUUAUUUUAUAAUGAUCGUCAUUUCAAUAUUGAUAUUCAUCAAGAAUUUAUUAAUGCAUGGAGAACAAUAUCAGUUGAACAUUUGACUAAUGAGCAGAUUCAUAACUUUAUUCGUGAAAAAGGAUAUUAUAGUUUAACAACAAAUGCACCAAAACUAGCACAAUUACCAAAAAAACCAUUAAAACGAGUUGUUCGACGUCCUGUUACAUUGAAACAUAACCAACAUGUUAUCGAUCAACUCAAUGAUUAUUCCAAUGCAACAAAUACAAAAUAA